CGAGGGAAAAAAAGCAGUCCAGCCCUGCCGACUAGAGUGACAAAUAAAAGGGAGCUCUGGGAAAAGGGGAUUGUAUUAACAGGAGGACAAACACCUCCAACAGAGAGAGGUAGGAGCACCGUGUGGCUUUCAGACUCAUCAGCUACCAGUUCCCUGGGAGAAUCAUGAUGUCCGGUUACAUCCGAUACCACGGCCUUCUCCUGCCGCCCGUCGCUCACACCAUGAAGAGCCUGGAGUUUGCCCAGAAUUUUGCUGUGCAGGACUCUGAUGUGUUUGCUGUGACUUACCCCAAGUCAGGUACUAUCUGGAUGCAGGAGAUCCUCCCACUGGUGCUGAAUGGAGGAGAUCUGACCCCAAUCCACACCAUUCCUAACUGGGACCGGGUCCCGUGGCUGGAGGAGAGCAGACUGGCGUCGGUCGUGGAUCAGCUGGUGUCUCCUCGAGCGCUGGUCUCACAUUUUCCCUACAACCUCAUGCCUCCUUCCUUCUCCACCUCCAAAGCCAAGGUGAUUUAUGUCAUGAGGAACCCGAAGGACCUCGUGGUGUCCUCUUACUACUUCCACCAGAUGGCCGAAUUCCUUGAGGAUCCAGGAACAUUUGAUGAGUUCGUGGACAAAUUCCUGGAGGGAAGAGUGCUGUUUGGAAAAUGGACGGACCACAUGAAGAGCUGGAUGAACGCGGAGCUGGGUGACAGAAUAAUGUACAUCACAUAUGAAGACAUGCUUCAGGACCUGCCUGCAGCUGUCAGGCGUAUUUCAAAUUUCUUGGGCCGCAAUCAUAGUGAAGAAGUCAUUCAGAAGAUAGCAGAGCAUUGUUCUUUCAAGGCCAUGAAGACCAACACAAUGUCCAACUUCAGCCUGGUCCCAAAGAUAUACAUGGACAACGACAAGUCUCAUUUCUUCAGAAAAGGCAUCGCAGGAGACUGGAAGAAUCAUUUCAACUCAGAGCAACUGGCCCGAUUCACAUCAGUAAUUCAGAAAGAGCUGGAGGGUGAAAGCUUCUCUCUGCCGUGGAACAUGGACUGAUGAAGAGCUGGAGCAACGUAAAACCCUGAUCUGAAAUGAUCCAUACAUUCAGUCAUUACUGGGCCAAAAUGUGCAUAAUUACUUUUAGUCUGGAUUGUAGGGAAAGAGUAUUUUAUUGACCUUGUUAAUGCGUCAUCUUCUAAAGGAUUCAAGUUCUCAGGACUGACCUGCACAUACAACCACCUGAAGCAUGAAUGAAACAUCUCUACAGAUGCAGAGUGGAUGAGAUAUUUUGUGUCCAGGAUGUAAAUGCUGCAUUGACAAAAGCUCAGCCUAGACAUCAGACACAUUUGUACAAUAUUUUUUUAAUCGGUAACAAAGAAAUGGUGCUGUAACACUUAUCAUUUAUAUCUCUCACAUCUGCUUAUUACACAUUUAUACACCGGCACCAGCUUUUCUGUUACUUAACAUGAUGAAAACAUGAUUUUGUGCAAAGUUUUAUAAAAAUCAUUCAAGUACAUGCUAAAUAUUGUCUUUAAAAUGUGUGAUAAGCAAUAACUGGACAACAAAUAUGGCAUUUUAUUUAAGACGACAAGCUGCAAGGAGCUACUUCAUAUUUACAGUUCAAUGCAGUGACAGAUUUUGUUGAUUUUAAAAUGAAAAUAAGUGAAUACAACCUCCGCAGUAAACGUGACUUUAGAAAUUGAGUAUUUACUUUACAUGAUAAUGCACAUUUAGAUUUAGCUCUACACUGUUGCCUCUUUGAGUAUGUGCAGAUUUCUGAAUCUUGCUGCAGUUCCAGCUCACCUACAACUCUGCUCAAAGUUCAGUCAAAAGUCAAUGAGUCAGUACAUGAUGACUUUUAUUACACAUCACAACUUGCUUUUUGUAGCAGCACAGCAUUUUUCUCUGACUUCUUUACUUUAGGAUUCUGUGUUGGAUUUUUGAGGUUUGAGGUCAUUUUUCUGUUGCAGAAAUCGUCCUCCUUCAUUGAGUCACUGGUUACAUCAAUAACAAUUCUUGGUGCCUUACGAUGUCAGUGAAAGUCUAACAUGUUCUUCAAUUAUUGUUUUCGUGUUUGCUGGAGGGACUUCAAAAACCAACAAAAUGUGUAAUAAAGCCAGUGAUGCCCAAACUUAUGCAUACAACUGAACACAGGAAAAGCUUAAUUAUCAAAUAUAGUGGUGACUGAUUUUUUUACAUCAUAAAAUGCAGGUAAUUUGUGUAUUUGUGGGGUCGAUUAGUGUUUUACAAAUCAAGAGGGAUUUUGCCUAAAAAAUGCCCUGAUGUGAUGUAGAGCAGUCGGCUGAGUAUUUAACGGCAGGAUUUUUUUUUUACUGCUUUAAUUCAAUAGUCUUCCAUUACAAUGUGCUAAACUCUCUAUUAUACAUGGUUUUAACUGCAUUUCACCUGACUGGAUGAUUAUUAUGAGGAUGGUCUGACUUUUGAUAAUUACUGCAUUUCUAUUGCUUGUUGCACACUUGCUAAUUAAAGCAUACACUAAAUAAAGAGUAGUAGGAACUGUU